AACAUAACACUGGUCUCAGAAAUCUCCAUAGCUAUAGCUAAAGGUUUGUAAAAUCUGGUAGGGAGCGGUAAAGUAAGGGUUAACACUGGCCGUGUUGCAUAACACACUCAGAUGGUGCUAUAUGUACACUGGCGUAGCUGGGAAUCUGGUACAUCCUCGGGAUUUUUGCCCAUCUAUAACGAAAGUCAUCAUCUCGUGAAGUGAAAGCGUGUGAGGAACAGCACAAGGACUAGACCCGAAGUGUGUUUUGACUCAAGCAGGAUGGGGCCAUUCCAGGAAUACAAGGUGAAGAAGUCGUUCGGAAAGGACAGCACUCGUAGCCGCAUCCCCCGUCUCAUGCAUCAACCUUUUCGUCCUAAGGAUUCACAGAUUUCUGAGUUUCCAUUGUCUGAGGAUGAAAGCAAAGACUGUGACAUCAGCAGAAAACAGAACAGAACCAUCAGUCCUACCAGCUUCUCAUCAGAUGACACUGGAUGUCCAAGCAGUCAGUGUUUGUCUCCAAUGAAAAUCAGAUCUGUCUCAGACAACAGCUCUGUGAGUUCACCCAUACCAGUGAAGAGCAAAGCCAAGGUCAAGAGGGUCAGAGUCAGUGUAGUGGCUGAGUGUAAUGGCAUUAUACAGAAGCACAACAGGGAGCAUCAACAACCCUCUAUUCUGCACAGAGGCAGUGAGGCUGACUUCAGCUCCUCCAGCAGUACUGGAAGCAUCAAGGGCCGUGGAACUAUGGCCAACAACUCCACAGGGAAAAAGAACUUCCUUUCACACAGUCGUUUGCCGCACAUCAAAAGCCAGCCUGUGUUUAAGCCUCCAGGAAGCCCUACUGCUCCCCGUGAUGCAGAACUGUAUGCCCCCUACAGGACACCCCCCAAAAAAACCCUUUCUUCAAGUAUCAGCAACAAUUCAAGCCCCACAGUCAAGAGAACCACUAGAGGGAGCUACCAUUCAUGUGGUGACAAUCAUGGCAUCCGACCUCCCAAUCCUGAGCAAUACCUGACCCCUCUACAACAAAAAGAGGUGACAAUCCGGCACCUGAGGACCAAGCUCGGGGAUUCUGAGCAAACCGUUUCUGAUCGGGAAUCUGAAAUUCAGGACUUGAAGUCCCAGCUGGGCCGGAUGCGUGAGGACUGGAUUGAGGAAGAGUGUCACCGUGUGGAGGCACAGCUGGCUCUCAAGGAGGCACGCAAGGAGAUAAAACAGCUACGGCAAGUAGUUGAGACAAUGAAGAACAGUCUGAUGGAGAAGGAUAAAGGCAUUCAGAAGUACUUUAUUGAUAUCAACAUCCAGAACAGGAAGCUGGAAUCCUUGCUGCAUAGCAUGGAACUGGCACAAAGUGGUUCCACAAUGCAUGACGAGCCCACACUGGACUUCAUAUGUGACUCCCCAGAAAAGCUCUCUGAAGGGAAGCAGAAAGUAGACCUGCAGGUUGAGGAUCAGGCAAAGGAAGAUAUGGCAGAUAGUGGGCUGCUUGUUAAUGAGGAGACUCCCAACCAGAUGGAGGUGCUUGAGCAGGUUCUCAUGUCUACAGCUGUGGACUACAGCCAAGAUGGUAGUGCCAAGCUCAUGAGCGAGGCAGGACUGUCCACUCUGAUGCAGAGUUCUGUUGAAGACCCUGUGAAGAGCUCAAAAGAUCAAAUCCACACUCAAACCAUUGCUGAUGAGCAACAUACUUCUAGUGAAAAGGCAGUCCAAACAGAUGAGACCUUCUAUAACCCUGAUCUCCAAGCCCUGCUUUUACAUCUACUGAAGCUACAAGCCACCGGGCUGUCUUCAAAUGUUCUCCAACAGUUACCCAAAGCACAAGAAUCCAACCUACCCCAAACAGAGGAACCAGCUAAAAACAAAUUGUCUCAAGUUCAUAAUCCCAACCUGAUUGAAGGGAUGGACCACAUUCCCUGUAAUCCUGCACAUUCUACAGUGCUAAUUCCACAGGACCCUGGUGGGUCAACCCAGAGUUCAGAACCUGAAGUAGCUCCAGGAUUCAUGGAAGAGCUGGACUUCGGCAUGAAGGAUACUUGCAACAGUGCUAAUACAGCUGUUGUGGGGAAAAGCCACUCGAGCAACAGCUUCUUGGUUGAUCUGGUUGCUGUGGCGGCGCCUGUUCUUCCUACAGCGGCCUGGCUGUACUCUCAGUACAAUGCAGUUGAUGGGGCACCAGUGUACAACAUUGCAGCUUUAAUCCGUGGUUGUUGCAUUAUGGGAUUGCACUCUCUUCGCCUUGUCACCUAUGGGCCACAUGUGUGAUGGUCUUUCACCUUUAGGCACAGCUAACUAGAGCACUUAAAUAUAUUAAGUUUGUUUUGUGUGUAAUCAGUACUUUUUUUUUAGUUUGCCACUUUGCACUGUGUAUAAUUGCAAGAAUUGUACAAAAAAUUAACUCGAAUGAAUUUCUUUGUCUUGUUUAUUUCUCACAAGUUGUAUUGUUCAUUGCCCUGAUGUGAUCAUCUUGGUAGGUGAUCAUAUUAUUGUGCUGUCCUUUGCCAGCUAGUCCAUUUCUUGUGUAGAAAGGGCAUUGACUGUUGGCAAUAAUGUUCUUGUUUCCAAAGGAGUAGCCUCACAGCCAAAUCUUGUUCAGUAUUUGUUUUUGUGAAUUCAUCUCCAGCAGUGGAGCAUUUUACAUGUUUCUCUUUGUGACCUUGCUGACUCCCUAAACAGUCAAUGCUACAGUACGUAUGAAUUUUUUAUUUAUUUUUUUUUGCCUGUGCAAUAUUUAUUUGUAUUAGACAUGUUAAAUAUUUAUCAUUAAAGCAUGAUUACCCCA